UCACUCGCCUAAGCUGCUUAACAGUGACUUUUCCUUACGUAAACCUUUUGGCCUAAGCUUAGUUCGGGGGACUACAAGUCACUAAUUUUUAAACAAGGACCCCGAUUUCACACCAAUUAGCAGAAAAACAAUAAUUCCCUUAAAAUAAUUUAUAUUUGUAUGACAGUUAAAUAAUGUUACUUAAAACCUGGCCUGCCCUGCAAACACCUUCCACUCUCUCCAUUCAGGGAGUAGUUUUAGUUUUACCAACAAAUAGUAAAGCACCUUUUAACUAAAUAGAUGUUACUUAAAAUAUCUUCCUGCACCGCUGCCAGCGGCUGCCUCCACCGCUCAGUGAGUGGUUGCGGUGGAUUAGUGGGGCGGCGUUUAUUUUUAUUUGUGCAGGGCAACACGCCACGCAGUGCCAGUUGGGAAGAUGCAGCGCAUUUAUAUGCAUAGCCACCACGAGCACCUGGAGGUGUUUACCACGGUGCUUGCGCCGCAAGGCCGACAUCCAUACGGAGGCAAUGACGUCAAGAUGGUGGUGGUGCACAGCUACAGCCCUCACUGGCCUGACGAGCUGGAGCUGGCCGCUGGUGACGUCAUCGUGGUUUUGUCCCAGGACUGCUCUGGUCGCUGGUUUGGGCGCCUGCAGGACGGCCAGCAGGGAUAUUUCCCUGGAUCUUGUGUCCUGGAGCUCGGAAAGGAAAACUUGGCACCCAAUACUCCAAUGAGGAGGAGGAGAAGCUCAUCCCAGCGAGCCGCCUCAUUCUCGGAAGGCGACAGCCGACGCCUACGGUGCAACAGUGCCAGUGGUCCUGUUCUGCAAGCACUCAGAAGUGCGAGCCGCUCAGGAGGGGAAGCGGACACCGGCGAGGCCCCCACCCUUCUGCGGAGGCCCCCGCCCCUAUCGGCCCCACGCAGCCCCCACGGCACCCCUCAGAUGCAGCGCUCCCCCGGCCUGCUGCACAGAAUGCUGUCGAAGUAUCGCAGGAAGAGCGAAUGUCAGGGAGCCACCAACGGGGCCUUUGAGGGGGACUAAACAAAGACCACCUCACAUUUAUUGGCAGUUUCCCAUUGAUAUGUUUAUAUGCUGUUUUUCCUCAAUAACCAAAAAGCUAAUCCUCAGUAUGUCUUUUUUUGCAUGCAGCCAUGUUAAGAUAAGAAAUUAAAGGGGGCAGAAACGAAAGUACUCAGUACCAUAAAUCUGUUGGUAGGAAUUAGGGGUGUAACGAUUCAUCGAUACACAUCGAUUACCGUUUUUUUCCGUGUAUAGUGCGCCCCCAUGUAUAGUACGCACCCCUAAAAAUGGCAUGCUGAUGCUGGAAAAAAGCUUGUACCCAUGUAUAAUACGCACCCAAUUUUUAUGAAUUUUUAAAAAAAAAAAAUUUAAUUUUUUUUUUUUUUUUUCUUUUUUUUUUUUUUAAGUCCCAAUGAUCGUCACACACGCAGGGAGGCAAUGGGUCCCAUUUUUAUAGUCUUUGGUAUGGUCUUAACUAGGCUGGAUGUAAUUUUUUUUGUUGCCGUUGAUUUCUCUGACUGCCCGUAAACGCACCACCGCGCUCCGUGCGCAUGGAGCGUGUUUGAAGUGAACAGCAGAGAAGAAAGGAACAAGGCAAAGUGUUGUGAAAUAAAAUAUUACCUGUAAUACGGAUUUAGGUAUACUGAACUCUCGCUCUUUAUAUAGCUGACGUGUCUUGCUCAUCCGUUCUGCGCAUCUGUAAUGGCGGCCUCCGUAUGAUAUCCGGUUUGCGUGUGUGCGAGAGCGAGAGAGAGCGAGAGAGAGAGCGCGCGAGAGAACGCUCAACCGUAGCGCGCCGCCGACCGAGCCGUCAGACAGAGCCGUCGCUGAAAUUUAGAAGAUAUUUUUAAAGUCCUGAUGUACUUUCUAAAAUUUAAGUGGACCUCAGUGCGCACUGCGCAGGGAGCUUAAUUUGGUGCAGUCGCGCAACCGCAGCGCGCCGGGCGCUCACUGUCGCAUUGCUUAAAGAGCGCCUUUGUGUUUUAGGAUGAACAGCAGAGACCAAAGGAACAAGGCAAAGUGUUGUGAAAUAAAAUAUUACCUGUAAUACGCAUUUUGUUAUUUGCUGAUUGAAACUGCUAAUUAAACUGUGAAUUGAAACUAAUAGGAAGAAAACAACUCUCGCUCUUUAUAUAGCUGACGUGUCUUGCGCAUCCGUUCUGUGCAUUUUAUUUCACAACACGUUGCCUUUCUUCUCUGCUGUUCACUUCAAACACGCUCCAUGCGACCGCAAUGCUCUCGUAUCAGACGCUUGCUCGAUCACCUGCUCGUUUGCUGUCCCGUGCGCGCACGAAGCGCGGUGGUGCGUUUACGGGCAGU